CAUGGCUGCGAUGGAAUGGACGCGCAGAUUCUGUCCAUAAUCUCCAAGAACGCGAAGAGAAGUUCACCCGUGAAAAAAAGCCCCAGGGAGAUGACGAAUCAGUCGGAGGCAGACACUUUUCCCGACCCCAAGGACGCGCACGGGGGCAAACUCUCCCCUCCCGGUGGCGGUGUUGGUGCACACGGAGACGCCGACGCCCGUCACGGUCACACCCUCCAUGGAGCAGGAGCGGGAGACAACUUCUCUCCGUCCACGCAGCCUCCACUGUCCGCCUCCGCAGGAGCCAUGUUCCCCUAUCCGAGCCAGCACGGAGCCGCGGCGGCAGCCGCCGCGCACGCCGCCUUCUCCAUCAGCAGCCCCGGCCGCUACGUGGCCCACCACCCGGUGCUCGCCAACGGAGCCUACAACGGCCUGCUCAGCAACACGUCCGCCCAGGGAUACCCGUCACCCGCCGCCGGCUACCCGUACGCGCAGCAGUACGGACCCGCGUACCAGGGAGGCGCUUUCUACCAGUUCUCGCCGGCACAAGCUGCCGGGCUGGUGACGGGCAAGGCGCAGGUGUACCUGUGCAACAGGGCCCUGUGGCUCAAGUUCCACAGGCACCAGACGGAGAUGAUCAUCACCAAGCAGGGACGGAGAAUGUUCCCGUUUUUAAGCUUCAACAUUUCAGGCCUGGACCCAACCGCUCACUACAACAUUUUUGUGGAUGUUGUUCUGGCUGAUCCAAAUCACUGGAGGUUCCAGGGAGGCAAGUGGGUGCCCUGCGGAAAAGCGGAUACUAAUGUCGUUGGAAAUCGAGUAUACAUGCAUCCAGAUUCGCCAAACACGGGUGCGCAUUGGAUGCGUCAGGAAAUAUCCUUUGGCAAACUGAAGCUGACGAACAAUAAAGGUGCAACCAACAACACGGCACAGAUGGUGGUCCUGCAGUCUCUGCACAAGUACCAGCCUAGGCUGCACGUGGUGGAAGUGAAUGAGGACGGCACGGAGGAUAGCAGCCAGCCAGGCAGAGUACAGACGUUCACCUUCACCGAGACUCAAUUCAUCGCUGUCACGGCCUACCAGAACACCGACAUUACUCAACUGAAAAUUGACCACAACCCUUUUGCAAAAGGAUUUCGGGACAACUAUGAUACCGUGUACACAGGCUGCGACAUCGAUCGCCUGACUCCGUCCCCGGGCGACUCCCCACGCUCGCAGUUCGUGGCCGGACCCCGGUACGCCAUGCACAGCCCCUUCCUUCAGGAGCAGUUUGUCAGCUCUUACGCCAAAUCUCGCUUCCACCCCGGCGUGGCUGCGGCGGCUUCUGGCGCGGACCGCGGCGUUCCCCUCGGCAACAGCUUGCAGAGCGACGAGGCCUCGGUGGGCACCCCCCCGCAGCGAUGGUUCGUCUCCCCUGCCAACAACCGGCUGGACUUCACCUCUUCGGCGUACGAGGCCGCCGACUUCGCCGGUAACGCCGCCACCCUGCUGUCGUACGCCGCGGCCGGAGUCAAGGCGCUCCCAUUGCCCGCGGCGGGCUGCUCCAACCGGGCCCUCGGCUACUACACGGACCCUUCCGGGUGGGGGGGACGCACUCCGCCGCAGUACUGCGGGGGAGUCAGCGGCAAAGCCAGCUCCGUGUUCCCCUGCUGGCCCGCCAACUCCAUCGGGGGGAGGAGCAACUGCCUGGCGGAGGAGGGUGACUCCGCCCCCACGCAGAGGUCGCCGGUCGGCACAGAGGAGGCCAAAGCCAAGGACGUGACCUCAGAGUCGAGCUGGAUCGAGACACCGUCGUCUAUUAAAUCCAUCGACUCGAGCGACUCCGGCAUCUUCGAGGCAGUCAAACGGAGGCGGAUGUCGCCCUCCUCCACCCCGGUGCCAGACUCCAUGUCGCCCCUAAAGUCGGACUUACUGAGAGAGGACAAAAACUGCUCUAAGGACAUUGCUUACUACGUGCGGAAAAUAUGGGGCGGCCCAAAGAGAGAAGUUCCCAAGAUCAAGCAGCAGAUGGCGACAGAUGUUGCUGACUCUCGGUGGCAUGGGGCACUGAAACAGCUUGCUGGGCUCGGCAUACUCAUCCUCCUCCUCCUCAUCAUCAUCUCCAUCUCCACCCACGGCAGUGCACGACUUAGCAGCAUGGACACGCAGGACCAGGGAGUACACAUGGAACCUCUGCUACCUACGGUAAACUCAUUUGGUACAUCUGUCGGGCGUAAAAGUUUGAGGAGUGAUGAUGAAGCCGUGGUGGACAGAGGAGGAACACGAUCGCAGCAAUGCACCAACUUUGAGCAGGAAGAUUUUGAAGGCCACAGAACUCUGUACAUCGGGGUGCACGUCCCUUUAGGUAGUACCCGGCACCGUAGCCAUCGCAGGCAUCGGCACCAUGGUAGCAAACACAAACGGAGGAGCAGAGAGUGGGCCCUCCCAUUGGUGGAGGGAAGAGAGUCUCCUACUUAUGACACUCCCUCCCAAAGGGUUCAGUUCCUCCUCGGGACAGAAGACGAGGAUGAGGAGCACAUUCCUCAUGACCUAUUCACAGAGAUGGAUGAGAUCUUCAUUAGGGAGGGCGAGAAUUCUGAAUGGAGGGAGAGCGCCAGGUGGCUGAAGUUUGAGGAGGACGUGGAGGACGGAGGAGAGCGAUGGAGCAAACCCUACGUGGCCACGCUGUCUCUGCACAGCCUGUUUGAGCUGCGCAGCUGCAUCAUCAACGGCACCGUGCUGCUUGAUAUGCGGGCUGGCACCAUUGAGGAGAUUGCAGAUAUGGUGCUGGACCACCAGGAGCUGUACUCGCCACUGGGCGACGAGCUCCGAAAGAAAGUUCAUGAAGUGUUACUGAAGGGACACCGUCACCAGAACCAGAAGAAGCUUGCCAACCGCCUGCCGAUUGUGCGCUCGCUUGCUGACAUGGGUCGACGGACGUCAGAUGUCCACCUGGACAAGAACGGUCAAAUGACAUCAUCACAGUCUCAUUUAGCUGGUCCAGAUGGGAAAGGAGAUGUUACUAGAGAAAACAGCUCCGUGGACUUAAGCAAGAUGGACCUUCAUUUUAUGAAGAAAAUCCCACCAGGUGCUGAGGCGUGCAACGUGUUAGUAGGAGAGUUGGACUUUCUCAAUAAGCCUGUUGUGGCUUUUGUCCGUCUUUCACCGGCUGUUAUUCUCAAUGGCCUGGCUGAGGUCCCCAUCGCCACGAGGUUUCUGUUUAUUCUUUUGGGACCUGUUGGAAGAAGCCCUCAGUAUCACGAGAUUGGAAGAUCCAUUGCCACUCUCAUGACAGAUGAAGUAUUCCAUGACGUUGCAUACAAAGCUAAAGACCGGAAUGAUCUGAUUGCCGGAAUUGACGAAUUCCUCGAUCAAGUGACCGUCUUGCCACCAGGAGAGUGGGAUCCAUCCAUUAGAAUAGAACCACCCAAGAAUGUACCUUCUCAGGAGAAGAGGAAGAAAAAUGCCAAUCUUUCAAACGACUUUGCUGAUGCUAAUGAAGACGAACAUGAAGGUCAUGGAGGUCCUGAACUGCAACGCACGGGGAAAUGGUUCGGUGGACUCAUUCUCGACAUCAAACGCAAAGCCCCCCACUACCUGUCCGACUACACCGACGCAUUCAGUUUGCAAUGUGUGGCUUCGUUCCUAUUCCUCUAUUGUGCCUGCAUGUCCCCUGUCAUUACCUUUGGAGGACUUCUGGGCGAGGCUACAGAAGGACGCAUAAGUGCAAUUGAGUCUUUGUUUGGAGCUUCGUUGACGGGAAUUGCCUAUUCCUUGUUUGCCGGGCAGCCGCUCACCAUUCUGGGCAGCACGGGGCCAGUGCUUGUAUUUGAAAAGAUAUUAUUCAAAUUCUGCAAGGAGUACGGCCUGUCCUAUCUGUCGCUGAGGACUUGCAUCGGUUUGUGGACGGCCUUCCUCUGCAUUGCGCUGGUUGCUACUGACGCCAGUUCGCUGGUGUGUUACAUCACUCGUUUCACGGAGGAAGCUUUCGCCUCCCUCAUUUGCAUCAUCUUCAUUUACGAGGCCUUGGAGAAGCUGGUCUAUUUGGGAGACUACUAUCCCUUUAACAAGAACAACAACCUGGACAAACUCUCCUUGUACUCAUGUUCAUGCGUUGAGCCCUCUGACCCCACCAAUGGUACUCUGAAGUACUGGGAGUUCAAUAACAUCACUGCAUCUGAGAUCUACUGGGAAGCACUGGAAGUCAAGGACUGCAUUGAAAAGCGGGGAGAGUUUGUAGGGACUGCUUGCGGUCCAAAAGGACCUUACGUCCCUGAUGUUCUGUUCUGGUGCGUCAUUCUCUUCUUUUCCACCGUCUUCAUGUCUUCGUUCCUCAAGGAGUUCAGGUUCAGAAGUUACUUCCCCACUAAGGUGAGGUCCAUCAUUAGUGAUUUUGCUGUGUUCAUCACCAUCUUCACCAUGGUCCUGAUUGACUACUCUUUAGGGAUUCCCUCUCCAAAACUGAAAGUUCCAAAUGUGUUUAAGCCAACAAGAGAUGAUCGUGGCUGGUUCAUUAACCCGCUGGGACCAAACCCCUGGUGGACCGUCGUCAUCACGCUGUUCCCAGCUCUGCUGUGCACCAUCCUUAUCUUCAUGGACCAGCAGAUUACAGCUGUCAUCAUCAACAGGAAGGAGCACAAGCUUAAGAAAGGCUGUGGCUACCACCUCGAUCUUUUCAUGGUGGGGCUGAUGCUUGGCGUCUGCUCCUUGAUGGGCUUGCCGUGGUUCGUGGCGGCCACCGUCCUCUCCAUCACACACGUCAACAGCCUAAAACUAGAAUCGCAGUGCUCGGCGCCAGGCGAGCAGCCAAAGUUCCUGGGAAUUAGGGAGCAACGUUUCACUGGCCUUAUGAUCUUCGUUCUCAUGGGUUGCUCUGUCUUCAUGACGUCUGUGCUCAAGUUUAUUCCCAUGCCUGUGUUGUAUGGUGUGUUUCUCUACAUGGGAGCAUCUUCUCUCCGAGGAAUACAGUUCUUUGACCGUCUCACGCUGUUCGGCAUGCCAGCCAAGCACCAGCCAGAUUUUAUCUACCUGCGUCACGUCCCCCUGAGAAAGGUGCAUCUGUUCACUUUCAUCCAGCUCAGCUGUUUGAUUCUUCUCUGGGUCAUCAAGACCUCCAAGGCCGCCAUCGUUUUCCCCAUGAUGGUUUUGGCUUUGGUGUUCAUCAGAAAGCUGAUGGACUGCAUAUUUACAAAGAGAGAGCUAAGUUGGCUGGAUGACCUCAUGCCAGAGAGCAAAAAGAAGAAGCUGGAGGAUUCCGAGGAGGAAGAAGAGCAGAGCAUCCUGGCAGAGGAAGAAGGCGUAGUGCAAGUGCCAAUGGAGGGAUGCAAAGGAUUACCUAUCAUUAACAUCACGGAUGAGAUGUCCAAAGGUUCUUUCGGAAACACUUGGAACGCUACAAGCUAGGAUGUUUUUUUUCUGGGGGGAUCAUCCAGGUUUUACUUUAAGCGCUUGAAGGGGAAAUUCAGAAUUGUCGGAAUCAGGCUUAAUCUUCGAGUUUGUGAGGGUUUAAUUAGUCGGUGAAGUUGAUUCCAACAAAUUCCGUGUGGUUUGUUAGUUAUUUGUUAGUUUCAGGGCUCCAGAGUGGCUAAACUAGCGCGAGUCAAUUAGGCCGAAUUGGCAUGCCAAUUAAAAAAAGCAUACGCACACAUGAAAAUCAUCGAUAACAAAUGCAUUGCAUGCAUUACCAUUGCAUGUCAAUAUUUGCAGUAUGAACAGCAACAUUUGUAAUCCAGAAGCUCUGCAGAGGAGCAGGGCGCAGAGAUAUCAAAUCGUUUUUUUCAUCGCUAAUUUUUUUAUGUCGUAGCCAGCAGCAAGUAACCAUUUGAUAUUGUUCCUCGUUCUUCAUUGGGAAUUUGUGGAAACUUUCCUUUGCCCAUUUCUUCUGUCUAUUUCCACAGCCUCUAAAUGCAAAUUUCACCAUGUUGCCGGCCGUCAGUUAAUUCAGCAGACUGAUGCUGCAUUCGAGGAAGGUGGGAAAUCAGAGAUUCAAACCUCCGAUCGGGAAAAACAUCAUUGGAACACCUCCACUGUUUUGACCACUUAAGAGAAGGUAGCUUUGCUGGACGUCAAAAUGUAUUUUGAUGGCCAAAAUGAAAAACAACUUGUCACGAUCAGCCAUCUUUGCUGUUUACACUCGCUUGGAACGUUUUGAGGUCGCAACUUGUACCGUCUGAGCUGGGGAUGUCCGACUUCCAACCUUCCUCGAAUGCAGCGUGAGCACAAGUGGCCGAAGCAAUCCUCUCUAUUGAGGUCGUAUUACGCAUCUAAAAAAAUCGUCCUGCAGACCUAAAUCAAUUACGGCAGGUUUUUUGUGACAUUGUUUUGGCCGCAUCAUGGGUGCUUUGGAACAAUGAUCAUUUUGAAUUUAUUUGACUAUGUUGGAUCUGUUCUUAGAUCUGUAUCAUUUUUUUAUUGGCAUGCUAAGUUGGUCCCAUUGACUCGCGCUAGCUUAGCCUCUCCUGAGUCCUGAAACUAUGAAAUAACUUACAAACUGCACUGAAUUUGUUGAAAUCAACCCCCACAAACUAAUUAAAGGCCUAGUAACUCGAAGAUUAAGCCUAAUUUAAAAAUUCUGAACUUCUGUGAGCGCUUAAGCAUCAUUUAUUAUACAAAAUGGAGUUCCACUUAAAAGGCAACUUGAAUUUCAUGAUUAAGUGUUACCACUUUUUUUUUUUUUGUUGUUUUUUUUGUUAUGUAUUUCUUUUCAAAAUGAUACGUUCAAAUGAUAAAAGUCUCUCGAAAAUUGCUGUUCCUCCCAUGCAUGUGCUGUUAGGAACUACGGUAUAUACAGUACUUAUUGAAGGUGGAUACCAUGAAAGUAUGGGUUUAUCACUAUGUCAUGUUUGUGACUGUUUAUUAUAAACCCUUAAUAUUAAUUUGUGAUCUGUGAAAUUAAAACAAAACAGACAAAACAAAUUAGGCUUUGUAUUUAUUUUGUAAUAUAAUUUUACCUGUUCAUUUUAGUUGUCCUCAGAAUUUAUUGAAAAGGGAGAAAAGCCAUAAUGCAAUCCUACAGUGAUGACAUAACUAUCACGACUCUUCAAACUUCUCAUACCUAAAUGCUUCUGUUAUAUUUCACUUUGUAUGUGGUGUAAUUUAAUUUUUUUGCUAAAAUGGUCCAAUAUUACAUACUUAUUGACUGUACAUAAUUCAGUGUUAUACUGUAGUUCAAUGUUGAUAUUAAGCGUCUGUGUCAAAAUGUGAUUGAAAUGAAUAUUAACAAGUAACAUUUUUGGUAAUGUAGUGCAUUAUGCCAUGCUGGUAACAUGUUUGACUAAUGUCACUUGAAUAAUAGCAUUCCUUGACAUAAACACCUGAUGCAAUGUU